CGUAUGCUGACUUACCGGAGCGCUCUCUUAAGGAGCGCUUGGUAAGUUACUUUACAGGAGCACUCUUUAAAUGAGCGCUCCCGUAUAUUAUAUUUAAUUUUUUUAAAAUCAAAUUUUUUUAAAUUUCUCCUUUUACAUAUCUUUAAUAAUGGCCAAUCAUAAUAUAAAAAACUAAUUUAAAAAUAAUAUCAACAUAAAAAUUUAUAUAUAAGAAAAGAAUUUGAAACUGAUACAAUAAUUUCAAUUUUCUAACUAACCUAGUUUAAUUUCUAACAAGCCUAACAAAUGAAACUAUUGUUACUUUUUUAACAUUGAAAUCUAACUUCCUAUCACAAGUAGCCAAUAAUAUAUUCUGACCAUUCUUCAACUAAAUCUUCUAUUUGCUCCAUAGUAAAAUGCGAAUAUCUUGCUCCAGCAAAAUACUACACAAGAUAUGAAAGCAAUAUAUAAGUAAUUAACAUUAUAUUAACUUAAUUUCAAAACUUUUGACUUACAUUUUCAGGAAUGAUCAACUCUUGUUGUGUGAUUACUUCUCUCAUAAACUUCAUAACAUAGUAUCCACACUCCCAACCUUGUAAUUGUGUAGGUACCUAUAAAACAAUAAAAGAUGUUAUUAUCAAAAUAUGGUAGAAAUAAAUUCUAACUUAAUUUAUAAUACUUCAGUGAUGAAGUUAUAUAAAUGAUACAAGUAUUUGUUGUCAAAAAUCUGGCAGAGUCUCCCCUAUAACUUGGAAGUUUCAGAAUUUUCCAAAAAUUCUACAUCAAUCCAAAACAACAUAUUCAGAAUAAAAAACAUAAAAUAUCAAUCAAACAAUCAUUUAGAUAUGUACCAACUUUUUUUAUUAAGAAAAUAAUACAAACCUUUAUUCUUUUCCAUGAAUAAAACUCAACAGGAUCAGGUCUUUCGGUGUUUGGAGGGAGACCUUCACCUCCUCGAUAACGUGCUACAGCCCUAUUAUAUAAUGAUUAAGCAUACCAAGUAAAAAAUUAAUUGUUAUAAUAAACAUAUAUAAAGAAUAUAGAACUAAAAACUUACUGAUUAAAUAAUAUUUUCAUAGAUUUGUAGUUCUUAAAGUCACUAUCUCUUAAUGAAUCAAGAUAAUAAAUCACAGGGACGAAUGGAUUGAUACAUCCAUUUCUUUUGUACCGUGAUGCAUCACAUUUUGGACACUUAUCUAAGGUUGAAUACUCUUUCUGAAAGAGGACACAAUCAUUUGGAUAUGCAUGUAUCUUCUCAUAGCUCAUCCCAAUAGAACAGAGCACUUUUUUCGCUUCGUAAGUAUUAGGUGGAAGCUCGUUGUACUCAAGUAACAUUUCAUAUAAGAGUUCAAGCAAAUCCGUGAAACUCUUAUCGCUCCAUCCAUUCGCUGCUUUUAGGUUGUAUAGUUUCAAAAUAACUGAUAGUUUUGUGAAUUUUUUACAACCGGGGUAUAAUGGUUUAUCAGCAUCACUCUUUAAUCUCUCAAACAUCUCAGGACAGUCCCUAAGAUCCUCUUCAAUCACAUCAAUCAUUUCAUCAAGACGAUCAACAUCAUAUAUCCCACUAUCACGAUCAAAUGUUGAGUAGCUCGCACUAUCCCUCCAAUCACUUGCAUUAUUCCUUGUCUCCCCAUGCAUGGUCCAACAAGUAUAAGUUGGAUCAAUCCCAUUACAUAUUAAAUGAUCUUUCAAUUCUAUUGGCUUUACUCUUUUUCUAUAGCAACAUUUCAAAUAAGGACAUAUGACUCCACGGGGGUCUUGAUCACGACAAAAUGCAAAUUCAAUGAAUUCAUCCACACCAUCCCAAUAUUCUCUAGAUAGUCGAUUAGCCGACAUCCACUUACGAUCCAUAUCACUAAUAUGAUUACCAAAAUUUAAUAAAUAAAAGACUUAGAUUUCUAUAAAAAAAAUUCAACAGCAACUUCCUUAAAAAAACCACCUCCCAAAUGAUCAAACAAUCAAAUUCCACAACACAAUACAUUUAAACUAAAAAAAUCAAUUCAUCCAAAUAAAAAUUUAGCAGCACAAUGCAUCUAAAUUCUGUCAAUCAAUUGUAAUUUAAUUAAUAACAAUAAUCUCUCUUAAAAGUAUAUUUCAUAAAUAAAAUAAAAAUGUUCAAGUAGAUUCCUCAACUUUAAUCUAAAUUAUCAACUACAAUAUAAAUUAUCAACUACUCCAUAAUUUUAAUAUAAAUAACUUCAAUUCAUAUAUUAUCUAUAAUAUUGAUUAUUAAAAAAAUAUUUGAAAUCUAUUCUCAAAUAUAUAUAAAUUAAUUAUUAAAAAAAUACCUUCAAAGGUCUUCACGGCAGAAAAUGGCGGUAUUCACGGCAGCAGCGACACAGAUCUGCAACAGCAAUGCAGAUCUGGAACAGAGAUACAGAUCUAGAACAGUGAUUCAGAUCUGGAACAGCAGACAGCAAACAGCAGAGCUAGAAGGACGGCAGUGGCAGCAGAUCGGUGAAAACGACGACGCAGCGUAGCGCAGGAACGGCGACGGACGGUGACGCAGCGCUGGAGACGGCGAUGCAGCUAGGGAGACGGCGACACGACAGCGACGUAAUGCGGAACAGCGACGCAGUGCGGAACGCGGAACGGCGACAGAACGCGGAACGGCAACGCAGUGCGGAACACGAAACGGUGACAGAACGCGGAACGGCGAUGCAGUGCAGAACGGCGACGCAGCGCGGGAUCUACGACGGACAGUGACAGACGGCGAGCAGCGCAGGAGAUGCGACGGAGAAAAGAAUGGUUUGAAAGAAAGAGAGAGAGGUUUGAAAGAAACUGAAUAGAGAAAAGAAACAGAUGGGAAAAUAUAAGAGGCUAGAAGACUCUUCCGGAGUGCUCAUUGUGGAGCGCUCCGGAAGAUCGCUCUUCCGGAGCGCUCCAGAAGAGAGUCUUCCGGAGCGCUCUUAGAUGAGCGCUCCGGAAGAGCCGAGCUCUCUUCCGGAGCGCUCUUUAAUGAGCGCUCCGGAAGAGCUCAUCUUCGGGAGCGCUCAUCAAAGAGCGCUCCGAAACAGCACUCUGCCAAGGUCCAUAAGCAAUCGUCCGGAGUGCUUAAGUACGAGCGCUCCCGAAGGUACAAGGAAGAAAAUGUUAUCCUACGCAUCGUCAAAGUUGUUUCUCAUCGCCUUCAUUUAGAACAAUUAACAAAAUCCGUAGAGUCAAUUGGGAACACUAUGGAACAUGGAGGACCAGGACAUGAUGUAUCGAUCCUGAGUUUUGAAGAAGCCUACAGCGAUUCCAACAUUUUUGUGGGUGAUCUAUAUGAAGCUUUAUAUGAGAGCAAUAUUAAUGCUUUCAAAGAUGUUGGGAGCUCUGAAUGGAGUGAAGAUUCGGGCCCAAUUGCUCUUAGAGCAAUUAAAGAGUCUAGGAUUUCAGUUAUUGUAUUUUCUGAAUCCGAUGCAUAUUCUGAAUGGUGUCUUGAUGCAGUUGUUAUGAUCCUUGAUUGUGUGCAAACAAAAGGCAAACUGGUUUUGCCCGUUUUCUACAAUGUAGACCCUUCAGAAGUAAGCCAUCAAACCGGAAUUUUUGGAUUAGCAAUGGCCGAGCUUGAAGACAAGUUACAGGAUAACAUGGAAAAGGUGGAGAAGUGGAGGUUGGCUUUGUCUGAAGCAGCUCACAGGCUUGGUUGGAGCUUAGAAAAAGGGGAAGAAAUUGAUGUUAUCCCAAACAUUGUUGAAGAAGUUUCUAAUCACCUUCGCUUUGAACAUUUAACAAGAUCGGAAGAGUAGUCAACUGAAAUCAUUGUGUCAUCGAGAGUGGAGCAAGCACAUCAUGGAAAGGGACAGUGUGCGUCUUCCUAAUGAUGGUCAAUCGCAAGGCAAGAACAAAGGCAAGUUUCGUGAGAACGGUUUGGAUAAGACCAACAAAAGGAAAGAUGGUCAGUCUUCGAUGGUCCUAAACCGCAUAUCAGGAAAGGUAUAACCUGUUGGGUUUGUAAUGCCGAUUGUCACCGAAACUGUCAUGAUGUAUGAUGAGGAGAUGGCCAUAUGUGUAACAGAUCGAACAGCGGAAGCAAGAAACCGAGAGAAAAGUAUUUGAGAGAUAAAACUGAACUGCUUUAUUACUUCGAAGAAGUAACGACAUGCACAGAGGCUGUAUGACAAAUAAAUAACUAAUUACAAAUUAUAAUUCAUAGUUAUCAAAGUCUUGAGUUAACUCUAC